CAUGCGUCCCGGUGAAAAAGCGGGUUGUACAUGGGACAUGCUCAAGGAGCUAGUCCGCGAAAAGUAUUACCCCUCCUACUAUCGGGCAGAGAUGGAGCGUCAGUUCUUAGCGCUUCAGCAGGGCACUCGUACAGUUGAUGAGUACGAGCGAGAGUUCACUAGGCUUGCAGCUUUCGUACCGGACCUGGUUCGCACGGAGGCUCAGAGAGCGCAGCGGUUCAUCGACGGGCUUUUCCCAGCAGUCCGUCAUAACAUCGUGGGACCCGGGACUCAGACCUACGCUCGUGCAGUUUCUAUCGCCCAGGAGGUGGACACUAGUAUCAAGAGGGAGGCAGUUCGUGAUCGUGCCCAGCCAUCUACUCCAGUUCAGCCAUUCGCAGCUCCACCAGCUCUACCAGCUCCUCAGCCGGCAAAGGAGAAGAAGAGAAAGGGGAAGGGUGCACAGACUGACCGGAGGACCCGACAGAGACAGCAGCCGAUUCCACCAUGCCCGACAUGCGGACGACUUCACAGGGGGGAGUGCCGUGUGGGAGAGGACAUCUGCUAUUACUGCCCCGAGCCAGGACAUUUUGCGAGUCGCUGUCCGAAGAAACUCCAGCA